GCAGGGGGCAGUGCUGACAGAGAGAGCAAAGUGGAGUGGUUAAAAGCAGAGAGGGGGACGUUCAGCCGAGCAGGAGUCGCCUCUGACUGAAUGAAACCUUCAUAAAGAAUCGAGCAGGGUUCACAAACGUGGGAUCUGACCUGUGUUACGACGCCUGAACAGACAUUUCUGGAGAGAAUGGAUGGAGAAUCACCCAAGCAGGAGACUGAGUCUAUGGAGGCGACAAAUCCAGCUGACACCAACAAUAACAAUAAUCAGGCAGAGGAAGCUGGGCUGGGGGAGAAUAAAGAUUCAGGGACAGAGCCUAUAAAGGGAGAAAUGGCAGAAAGUCAAGGAGGGGAGGAGGCCCCGGCAACAGAACAGGCAGGAGAAGAGGAGGCCAGAGCUGAAGAUCCUAAAACUGCUGCAGAUGAGGCUGAAGACACUGGCAAAGCAUCUACUGAUGCUGAUAUGAAGGAUCCUGAUACAAUAAAUGGAGGGAAGGAAGGCGAGACCCAGGAGGAAAAAGAAAAGGUUGAGGCUGAAAAGACUGAGAAAAAUGUAGAAGAGGUAGAGGAUGAGUGCAAAGGUGAAGAGGACGGCAAAGGUGAACAAAGGGCAACUGAGGAAAAUAAAGAUGCAGAAGAAGUGAGGGACCAGUGUAAAGAUGAAGAGAACAGCAAAAAUGAGGAAAAGACGACUGAAGAAAAGAAAGAUGCAGACGAAAUAAAGGACCAGUGCAAAGAUGAGAGCGACAAAAGUGAGGAAAAGCCAACCAAAGAUCAGAAAGCUGCAGAGGAAGCGAGGGACCAGUGUAAAGAUGAAGAGAACAGCAAACAUGAGGAAAAGACAACUGAAGAAAAGAAAGAUGUGGAUACAAAACCAGCAAAGGAAGCAGAGGAAAAGAAACAAGGCAAAGACGUUGGUGUAGAGAUGAAAGAGAAAGGAAAGACGAAGGAAGGAGAGAGGCAAGAGAAGCCCAAAAGAAAGAGUGGCCCCCCCUCUUGUGUCUCCAGACCGCGACCCUCUGCACGCUCCAUUAGAGCAUCCACCAGAAACGACAUUAUUGCCAAGUUCCAGCAAGGUGCACCACAGACACCAAAACAACCCAACUUCAAGAUUCAGAGGUCGUCUGCAGCCGCGGCUACGGGAGCUUCAAUCAAACAGAAGAUGCUUCAGUGGUGUCGCAGCAAAACCCGUAAAUAUGAGGGCGUCAACAUCGAGAACUUCUCUUCGUCCUGGAGCGAUGGCCUGGCGUUCUGCGCUCUGAUCCAUCGCUUCUUUCCAGACGCUUUUGACUUCAGCUCGCUGAAAGCGGAGGAGAGGGAGAAGAACUUCACCCUGGCCUUCCAGACUGCAGAGUCCUUGGCUGACUGCUGCCCCCUGCUGGAGGUGUCAGACAUGCUCAUGAUGGGCAAGAACCCAGACCCCAUGUGUGUGUUUACAUAUGUCCAGUCUCUCUGCCACAGUCUGUCCAAAAUAGAAAAAGAGAGAAAGGACAAAGAAAAGGAGGAGAAAGAAAAGGCUGGAAACGACGGAGAGGAGAGUGAGAAGGGAGAGGACAACACAAGUGAGGUGUCAGCAGAGAAGGAUGAAGGAGACAACGGGAUGAUGGACGGCCACCAAGAGAAAGAAGGAAGUGAAGAGGCAGAGGAGAGAAUGGGCGAAGAGAGAGAUGCACCACCAAGCUAUGAGCUGGAGGAAGAUGCUGGAGACUUACUAGAGGCAAAGUCCUAGAGAAAAACUGACAGCAAACAAGACUGAAAGGAGCAAAUCUAAAAUAUACAUGACGGUUACAGUAAGUGUUAGUCUGCUGCUACUCGGACUGCUGUCAAAACAAUGAGUCACACCAGUGAGCUUCAACUCAGGCUGGUAUUGUUUCAGUGUGAACUCUGUUGUUGUUGUUUUUUUGUUUGGUUGGUUGCUUCACUGUCAUAAUUGUUUGGAGCAUGUGAAGCACAUAAAGCAGAAAUGUCCAGUUCCUUUAUUUUCCUGUUUGUUUAUAGAAAAAAUAUUAAAGAAGGAAGUUUUUUGUACUAAACUUCAUAGUUCACCUUAAUUAUCUGCUGUAAAAUGUUAUGUACACAUAAAUACACUUGUCAUAGUAACUCAGUAACACACAUUAAAACAGUCAUAUAUCCUUUUAAUUAAAGCUACACUGUGGCGCCUU